AUGUCUGACUACGGCGGCGACCACGAGGCCGAGGAAAACUACGACUUCGAGCCUCAAGAGGAGGUCUUCGACGAGAAUGAGCCCGAGGAUUUCAUUGAUCAUGAGGGUCUCGAGGGCGAGGAUGGUAUCGAAGGCGAUUCAUACGAGCCAGCCGUCAAUGGCGAGAAUGUGGUUGUUUCGGGCGAUCCCAAUGCUGGCUAUUCAGGCAAAGUGAUGGAACAGUCGCGCGAAAAGAAGGUGCCGAACGACCAGCGCACGACUACCCCAUACUUGACCAAGUACGAGCGCGCGCGUGUCCUCGGCACUCGGGCUCUGCAGAUCAGCAUGAACGCUCCAGUACUCGUCGAUCUCGAGGGUGAAACCGACCCCCUGCAGAUUGCCAUGAAGGAGUUGAACCAGAAGAAGAUCCCGUUGAUCGUGCGCCGGUAUCUGCCUGAUGGAUGGUACGAGGAUUGGUCUUGCGAGGAGCUGCUUUAG